CGCCAAAUCGUUGUUGCAUUAUUAUUGUUCUCACACGAUACCAGUUCUCGCCUUUUGCUUUCUGUGGACGCACUUGUGGGAUUUGAUCUUUUAGACUAGCCCACUAUGGCUCCGACUCACGGUCCUCGUGAUAAAAAGCAAGCCAAACCACCUCAGCGGGCCGGUAAUCUGAAGCGCAAGCGUGCCCAAGACGAUCUGUCUUCCCUCAUCCAGCGAGUGGAAGAGCUCGAUGUCAAGGACUCGAUCAAAACAUUCGCCGACUUGCCUUUGUCCGAACCGACCGCCUCCGGACUCGCCUCAUCUCAUUACAAGACUUUGACCGAUAUCCAGUCCCGUGCGAUCAGUCAUGCGCUCAAGGGCCGCGAUGUUCUAGGCGCUGCGAAGACGGGAAGCGGCAAGACUCUGGCUUUCCUGGUCCCUAUUCUCGAGAACCUCUACCGCAAACAAUGGGCGGAGCAAGACGGCUUGGGCGCCCUCGUUCUUUCGCCGACCCGCGAACUCGCGAUCCAGAUCUUCGAAGUCCUCCGCAAAGUUGGUCGCUACCACCAGUUCUCUGCAGGUCUCGUUAUCGGUGGAAAGAGUCUGCGUGAGGAGCAGGAGAGAUUGGGACGGAUGAACAUUUUGGUCUGUACGCCUGGUCGGAUGCUGCAGCACUUGGAUCAGACCGCUUUGUUCGAUACCUACAACCUACAGAUGCUUGUUCUGGAUGAGGCGGAUCGCAUUCUGGAUAUGGGAUUCCAGAAGACCGUGGACGCGAUCAUCGGCCAUCUCCCGAAGGAGCGCCAGACGCUGCUCUUCAGCGCAACGCAGACGAAGAAGGUCUCCGACCUGGCGCGACUGAGUCUCCAGGAUCCAGAAUACGUGGCUGUCCACGAGACCGCCUCGUCCGCCACCCCCUCCAAACUUCAACAACACUAUGUCGUCACCCCCCUCGCGCAGAAGCUCGAUGUCCUGUGGAGUUUCAUCCGAAGCAACCUGAAAACCAAAACCAUUGUCUUUCUCUCUUCCGGCAAGCAGGUGCGGUUCGUUUACGAGACCUUCCGGCACAUGCAGCCCGGUAUUCCCUUGAUGCACCUUCACGGCCGACAGAAGCAGGGCGGCCGACUCGAUAUCACGACCCGGUUCUCGUCGGCACAACACGCAGUGCUCUUCGCCACCGAUGUCGCUGCGCGUGGGCUGGACUUCCCAGCUGUUGACUGGGUCAUCCAGCUGGAUUGCCCGGAGGAUGCUGAUACCUACAUCCAUCGUGUGGGUCGUACGGCACGGUACGAGCGCGACGGUCGCGCGGUACUUUUCCUGGACCCCAGCGAGGAGAAGGGCAUGUUGAAGAGUUUGGAACAGAAGAAGGUUCAAGUCGAGCGAAUCAACGUGAAGGCGAACAAGCAGCAGAGUAUCAAGGACCAAUUGCAGAAUAUGUGCUUCAAGGACCCCGAGUUGAAGUACCUGGGCCAGAAGGCCUUUAUCUCCUACGUCAAGUCUAUCUACGUUCAGAAGGACAAGGAGACAUUCGAUGUCAAGAACCUCAAGCUGGACGAGUUUGCGGCUAGUCUGGGUCUUCCCGGUGCGCCCCGCAUCAAGUUCAUCAAGGGUGAGGACACGAAAGAGCGCAAGAACGCGCCCCGUCUGGCCGCCUACGCGUCCAGCGACGACGAGUCGGACGAAGAUGGUGAGAAGAAGAAGAAGACCAAGAAGGAAGAGCCCCAAGUACGGACCAAGUAUGACCGCAUGUUCGAGCGACGAAACCAGGAUGUGUUGGCCGACCACUACUCGAAACUUAUCAAUGACGACGGCACGAUGGUCGAGCCCAACACUGCCACGCAAGAUGCCGACGAGGAUGACGACUUCCUGUCCGUCAAACGCCGCUUCGAAGCCGGAGAUAAGGAUCUGGGAGCUGGAUCCAGCUCGGAUGAGGAUACAGACGGGGAAGGCGCGGAGAAGAAACCGACAAAGGUGGUUCAGCUGGAUGGCAAGCAAGCGUUGGUCAUCGACUCCAAGCGCCGGGAGAAGCUGCUCAAGUCGAAGAAGAAGUUGCUCAAGUUCAAGGGCAAGGGCUCGAAGCUCGUUUUCGACGACGAGGGCAACGCGCACGAGCUGUACGAGAUGGAGGACGAGGAGGACUUCAAGGCCAAGGGCGAUGCCAAGGAGCAGCAGGCUCGCUUCCUGGCGGAGGAGGCCGAGCGCACGCGGCAGGCGGAUGUCGAGGACAAGGAGGUGGCCAAGCAGAAGAAGCGCGAGAAGAAGGAGAAGCGCAAGGCCCGCGAGCGCGAGCUGCUGGCUGCGGAGGCAGGGGAGGAAGGAGAGGGCGAGGAGAGGGUGGCCUACCUUGCUCCGUACAAGGAGGACGACAACCGCGACAUGGAUGGCGGAUUCUCUGCAUCAGAAGCGGAAGAGGAAGCCCCUCGUCCCAAGAAGUGGUUCAUGGACGACGACAGCGACGACGAGCCCAAGUCCAAGAAGGCCAAGAAGGCCCGGAAAGAGUCCGAGCCGCAGAUCCAGACCUUGGAGGAUCUGGAAUCCUUGGCUGCAGGCUUGCUGGGGUAGUUUGUCUGGGUUUCAGGGUUGUCUUCUGCAAUGGGUAUAUCCUUGUGUUUGAUAUUGUUUCUGAUUUGUAUUGUUACAUAGCGGAUAAUCUCAAAAGCAUUUUCAGUG